AGGAACGCAGUGGCAGCCUCGGCGGCGGCGGCGGCGGCGGCGGCCGCAGUAACGGCGAGGAGGCUUAUCAAACGGCUGCCUCAGGGGACUGGAGACAGAACUCCCGGCGCCGACUCGCGCUCGCGGAGCUGGGCCUGUGGCGUGACGAACCCUGUAGAACAGAUAAGCACCAUGUUUGGGUACUAACAAUCACAUAUGUGUAUGUCUGAAAUUGAAAAUGGCAGAGGGAAACAACAAAGAGGAGGUGAUUCACUUGAACAGCUUUCAUUGCCACCGGGGACAGGAAUGGAUAGGUGUCAGAGAUGGACCCAUCACCAUAUCUGACUCCUCUGAUGAGGAAGGGAUUCCAAUGCUGGUUACCCCAGCUACUGAGCAACAUGAAGACGACCUGGAUGAUGAUGUCAUCCUGACAGAAACACAUAAACCUCAGACAUCCCGACCCAAUCUCAUCAAACCAGCUGCCCAAUGGCAAGAUCUGAACAGAUUGGGAGAAGAAAGGCCUAGAAAAUCUAGAGCACACUUUGAAGCAGAUAUCCACAACUAUUUUUCCUUUUGUAACAACUCAUUGUUUGGUUCUGGGGCGCAGGAUGAUUCUGAGGAUGACUAUGGUGAAUUUGUGGAUCUUGGGAGUGGCAAAAAAGAAGAAGCCGCCAAACCUGGGCCAAGCAAUAAGCAGACAACAAACAACGUUGUUAACCCCAGAUUGGAACAGAAAGUCAUUAUAUUGGGAGAAAAUGACCUUCUUUUCCCAGAAAGUGAGCCUUUGGAAGUUCAGAACCAAUCAUCUGAAGACUCAGAAACAGAUCUCUUAUCAAAUCCUGGAGAGCCAGCUGCCUCAGAUGACCAGGUGAUAGAAGAGGAGUGCUGGCUUGACCAUCCCUACUUCCAGGCUCUGAAUUCACAGCCUCAGGAGAGAACAAACCAGGUUGUGCCUCAAGAGCGACAUUCUGAAUCAGAAAUGGGCCCAAUGUUCUUCCGCCAUGAUUUCCCAGAGCCAGCUUUUCCAAGGCCGGAACCCCAGCAGGAGGGUAUUCCAGGCCCUGCUUCUCCACAGCCAGCCCAUCCUCUAGGAGAACUUGAAGAUCAGCAGUUGGCAAUUGAUGAAGACCCUGGGCCAUCCUUCCCCCUGCCAGCCUCUCAGGAGGCCAACCUGGAAAACAUGUGGGGACAAGAGGCUGCUGGAGUGGAUAAGGAACUCAUUGCACUAUUAGUGAAAGAAACAGAAGCAAGAUUUCCAGAUGUAGCAAAUGGAUACGUUGAAGAGAUAAUUCAUUUGAAGAAUUACUAUGACUUGAAUGUACUUUGUAAUUUUCUUCUGGAAAACCCAGAUUAUCCAAAGAGAGAAGACCGAAUGAUUAUCCACCCCAGCAGCAGCCUGCUUGCCAGCCAAGAUGACAUAAAGUUGCCUAAAAUAGAUUUUUUUGACUAUUCCAAACUGACUCCACUUGACCAGCGCUGCUUCAUCCAAGCUGCUGACCUCUUGAUGGCUGAUUUCAAGAUGCUCAGCAGCCAGGACAUCAAGUGGGCCCUACAUGAGCUCAAAGGACACUAUGCAAUCACCCGAAAGGCCUUUUCUGAUGCCAUUAAAAAAUGGCAGGAGCUAUCACCUGAAGCCAGUGGAAAGCGGAAAAAGAGGAAAGAAAUGAAUCAAUAUUCUUUCAUAGAUUUCAAAUUUGAACAAGGUAACAUAAAAAUAGAAAAGAGGAUGUUCUUUCUGGAAAAUAAGCGUCGACAUUGUAGGUCCUAUGACCAGCAGGCCCUCCUUCCAGCUGUGCAGCAAGAGCAGGAAUUCUAUGAGCAGAAAGUCAAAGAGAUGGCAGAGCAUGAAGACUUUUUGCUUGCCCUGCAGAUGAAUGAAGAGCAGUAUCAAAAGGACGGCCAGCUGAUUGAAUGCCGCUGCUGCUAUGGGGAGUUUCCCUUUGAGGAGCUAACACAGUGUGCUGAUGCUCACUUGUUCUGCAAAGAGUGUCUCAUCAGAUAUGCCCAAGAGGCAGUGUUUGGGUCUGGAAAGUCAGAACUCAGCUGCAUGGAAGGCAGCUGCACAUGUUCCUUCCCAACCAGUGAACUGGAGAAGGUGCUCCCCCAAACCAUUCUGUACAAAUACUAUGAACGGAAAGCUGAGGAAGAAGUUGCUGCAGCUUAUGCUGAUGAGCUUGUCCGGUGCCCUUCCUGUAGUUUCCCUGCUCUAUUGGACAGUGAUGUGAAAAGGUUCAGUUGCCCUAAUCCUCGCUGCCGAAAGGAGACCUGUAGGAAGUGUCAGGGGCUCUGGAAAGAACAUAAUGGCCUCACCUGUGAAGAGCUGGCUGAAAAGGAUGACAUCAAGUACCGGACGUCUAUUGAAGAAAAAAUGACUGCUGCUCGCAUUAGAAAAUGCCACAAGUGUGGGGCUGGCCUCAUCAAGUCCGAAGGCUGCAACCGCAUGUCUUGCCGAUGUGGCGCCCAGAUGUGCUACCUCUGUCGAGUUCCUAUCAAUGGCUAUGACCAUUUCUGCCAGCAUCCUCGCUCUCCAGGAGCCCCUUGCCAGGAAUGUUCCAGGUGCUCCCUCUGGACCGACCCUACUGAAGAUGAUGAAAAGCUGAUUGAGGAAAUCCAAAAGGAAGCUGAAGAGGAACAAAAAAGGAAGAAUGGAGAGAACACCUUCAAACGUAUUGGUCCCCCACUGGAGAAACCACCUGAGAAAGUGCAGCGUGUGGAAGCCCUGCCUCGGCCUGUCCCACAGAACCUGCACCCACAGAUGCCGCCCUAUGCCUUUGUGCACCCGCCCUUCCCCCUGCCACCUGUGCGGCCGGUGUUCAACAACUUCCCCAUCAACAUGGGUCCUGUGCCUGCGCCCUAUGUGCCCCCUCUACCCAAUGUGCGUGUCAACUAUGACUUUGGCCACGUGCACGUGCCCCUGGAGCACAACCUGCCCAUGCACUUUGGCCCCCAGCCACGACAUCGCUUCUGAUACCCAAAGCCCUUUCAGACCGCACUAGGUCUGCAGGAGGACUCAGUCUCACCCUCUGAGUAGAGGUGGAGUCCUGGCUUCCCUCUUAAGGAUGGGCUCAUUUCCUCCUGCUCUGUCCUGUGCAAGGGCCACUGCUCCUUCAGCUCUGACACCUUUUGGGUACUGGCUGUCACUAGGCAAUUUUGGGGCAGCUCCCUGCUUUUGCAGUCUUAGCAGCUGGUACAGUGGCCCUGAGCCUUCCUCCCCAGCACACAACUGAAGUGGGGAAGUGGCCUGCCAUCCCCAGACCAGGGUUCUCCCCUUGUUGCCCAAGGCCCACUCCGGCUCACGGACAGCCAAGAGUCCUCUGUGGCGCAAGUUCGUUCUGUUGUUAUCUAAAGAGUUUGCUCCUAUUUGUGUAGUUUGAGCUGAACUUUUUUGUGGGCUGUUCAAGUUUGUUUCUGUCUUCGGAAAGUCAGGUUGAAAGUAUUGCCCCCGGGCUGCUAAAUGCCGAGAGCCGAUAGUCCCCACACUUGACAUCAGCGAGAGGGUCCCCCCUCCUGGGGAGACCUCACUUGCCAGCAGCCUGGCAUGAGCAGCAUCUCCGCUAAAGUGUUCGGGGUUUCCCUGGGGUCCACAUCCCUCGUGGAGCUGCUGCAGCUGUCCCAGCAGGCCUGCUGCCCGCUCACCUGUUCCUCGUGAGUUAGCAGUGGAGGCAGGCAGAGAGGCCCUCGCUCCAGGGUGAGGAUAGCUGGCCUCCCUAAAGUUGGAUGAGAAUCUAGGCCUGCAUAGAGGCCCUGCCACGUCCCCACUGCCUGUGUCCUCUCCUGCCCAGACCAAGUCUCUGUACAUUCUUCCAGCCUGCUUACUGAGCAGGGCUGGCAGUAGAUGACUCUUUCUCAGUUGAAUUGGCUGUCCUUGUCCUCCUGUUGCUGUGGGGUAUCCAGACCUGGAAGUGGGAAGAUGUCCCUGGGAAAGGGAAAGACUCUCUGAGGUGCCCAUGGUCACUUGAGUGUGGGUGGGGCGCACACAGCAGUGAUUCAGGAGCCCUGCCAUGGGUUACCUGAGCUGUGCUACUAGUCUGAAUGACAGUGCCUUGGAAAGAUGGGCCACGUGCUGCAUGACAGGAUCCUCCAAGUACCUUAACUACUAGUGUAUUCAUGUUCUCUGCACUUCUCCAGGGCCCCCCCUCCCCCCAGCUAGGUGGUUAAUCCAAGCACAGCCCCUCCAAGGCCUCAUGAGCCGUUGGACUGGGUACCCAGUUCUAGUUCUACCCAGUGCCCCCAUCACAUUGCUCCACCGAGAGUCCAGGUGAAAAGCCUGGCAGUUUCUGGGGUAACUGGAGGAACAGGCCAGGCAGGUGCCACCCAGACCUUGACACUAGGAGAGGUGAGACCAGGGUCGUGUCCUCCGAAGUGCAGUCAGUCUGUGGCCACACACGGCCGUGGCGGGGGUUGGGGGGCUGCUGCUGCCUAUCCCCAUCAAGGCAUCAGUCCCAAGUGACCCCAAGGCAGCUGGCACCUUAUCCUCUGGGACCCAGGCUGCUUCCUGGUUUGAGAAACUGCCUAGCCACUCCCAGUGUACUUGCCUUAAAACUGGAGAGAAUCUAGUAUUUGCACUUAGCAAAAGAUUUCAGAGUUAAGAGAAAAGUGCAUGAUCUCACUUUGUACAAAAAAAAAUGAAGUAGAUGGUUAAAUGUUUUUCUUUACCUUUUGGUAGUAAAUAGAGAAACCAAGUCUGUUUAAACUACUGUGUAAAAAGACUGUAUCAUAUGUAACUUGAAUUUCCUGUAAAUACAUGUUUGUGAACACUC